AUGGUCCGCCUACAACUUUCUGGCGGCUCUCAGAGGCCGGUGAACACUGGGUACGCCGUGCGGGAAGAGACCCUGCUCUCCAAGGCGUUCUCCGACGCUAUGCACCCGACGCGCAUCAUCCCGUUCUACUUUCAGGCAGCUGGAGCCGCCGACGCCGACGACGUUACUAUCACCACUCUGGUCACAAGCAACAGAUUCCGCGUCUUCAAACAGCUCGUUGAACGCUACCGGGGCCCUAUCUCUGUCACGAUCCAUAUUCCGCUUCCGCUACACUCUACGUUCUCGUCUCUCAAGCCGGACCACCCUUCUAGAAUUGCCUUGAACAACCUUCAUGCGCUAUAUGCGUCCUCCCCGCUUUUCGCCGAGCAUGUCGACGUCCACCUGGCGCUCUCGCCCUUCACUAGCGCCCUCUCCGGUGGGAACGCGGCGAGCCCAGAGGGCGAAGGCGGCCGACAGUUCAAUGUCUGGCGAAACGCUGCCCGCCUCUUCGCACGGACCGAAUUCGUCAUGAUGCUCGACGUCGACUUCGCUGUCUGCACAGACUGGCGCGGAGCCGUUCGAGACGCGCUUCGCGCGGCGGCCUCUCCCCAAAUCCGUCACGCCGCUCGCACCCCACGGAGCCCUCGAAACGAUAUUAUUAGCGCCAACACGAUGCAGAAGCUCCGCGACGGGACCGCGGCCCUCGUUGUCCCUGCCUUCGAGUACGUGAAGCAGGAAGAGGGCGUCGACCAGCGCACCUUCCCAGCGGACAAGCAGGCACGUCCUUCCUCCGCCCUUCUGCGCCUGACGCAGGCCACUCCGCCUGUCAUCGCGUCGUUCCAUGCGUCAUGGGCCCCUGGGCACAACAGCACCGAUUACGAGAAGUACUAUACGAUCCCGCCCGGCUCACACGCGGUAUACAAGGUCGAGCAAUAUCAGAGCGCGUACGAGCCGUACGUUAUCACCAGCAAGCGCGUCAGCUGGUGCGACGAACGAUUCGCCGGGUACGGCGGGAACAAGGCCGCCUGCCUAUUCGAGCUGUACCUCAGCGGCGUCUCGUUCUACGUUCUCUCCGACCACUUCCUCAUCCACCAGAGCCAUAAAUACGAGGAAGAGGCCAGGCGGGAGGAGCGCAAGUCGAACCGCAAAUUAUACUCCGACUUCAAAGAAGAGUCCUGUCUGAGGUAUCUCCACCGGUACUACCGCGAGGGCGCGUUGCGCUCAGAUCGCGCUGCCAACGCGAGAGAAGAGUGCAAGAAAAUCAAGAACAUAGCCAAAACGGUGUCACAGGUAGCAUCGAUUUGCAUCUCCACCAACUCGCAGUGA